AUGGAGGACGAUGUCGUGCGGCGGCGGUGCGCGGUCGUUGUUCAGCAGCUCCUCUACAGUGGGGAAAAACGUAAGGUGCGACGAGCGCAGCAGCAGCGUCUGCUUGGCGCCGCGGCGGAGGAACUGCGGCAGCGUUCGAUGCUGCUCUACCGCCUUUGCCGCGCAAAGCACGAGAAACUCGCGUCGGACCAAACUGAAGACGCGGCGUACUGCGUGUUGGCGGCCGUCGCCUCCUGCCAGCCGCCGUUAUGGGCCGUGUUGACGGACUGGAGCCGCGUACUGCGUCCACGAGCCCCCGAGCUGCGCUUUGGGGCGCCUGUUCUUGUGACAGUGCGGCUGCGGGAGGUGGAACAGUUCAUCGCCCGCACUCUUCACCUUCUGCCCGCACCGGACGCCGAGGACGCCCCUUCACCGGGAAGGAGCAGCAGCGCCACUGCGACGGGCGCAUCGCUGACGCGUGGCGGCGCGAGGAAACGCCCACGAGAGGAGGAACACGCCCCGGGGGCGAAGUUGGGUCCGGAACUCGCAGCACAGUUGGCGUUCGACUACUUUCAGCUCAAUAUGCCGAACACGAAGAAGUUCUGCGCCGUCGUUGCCGCCUACGAGAAGGCGUCGGGCGGGGUAAGGCUGGUCGAGAACAGGGAGGAGUCUGCACCCGCAAGAAUGGCGACUUCGUGUGGCUCAAGGAGCAGUAAACAUGGCGCUCUGGGAGGCGAUGGUGUGAGUCUCAGCAGCCAUCAGAAUAGUUGCCAUGGCGCUGGUGACUCACUUCCGGCAGAGGGAGAGGAGGACGAUGUGGGCGACUAUUCGCUUCUGUUCCCUCCGUCGUCGUCGUCGUUGCCUGCUGCUGCGACGCCUGGAACUGCGUUUUCUGUGACGUCGCUUCAGUGCUUUGCUUCCUCGAUGAGUUUGACUGAGGUCGCCGACAGGGUCGAGGCGGCCUGUUCCACGCUGUUUUUUGACCGACUGCGGCGCUGCCUGCGAAACCCUUUGCUGUACUCCCCGUUGGCCUCCAUGGGGGCGGCCAGCGCCGGCGUGCUUGGCGACGCACACCAUCCUCCGUUGCCUGCAACGCAGCUCGAGGACGCCUACUUGCGUGCCUGCCAAGGCGCGCUGGGGGAAGGGGGCGGCUCACUUUCCUUCCCCACACAUUUUCUACACCCGCUGCGGGCGCGUCCAACGUCGUUGGUGCCGCUGCCCCUUCAAAUGGUCACCGCGGAGCAGCUGUGGAGGCGGUUGCUGGUGGCGGGCCUGUGGCUGCACGUGGCUGGCGCCGCGGUGGGUGAUGCCCCCGCACUGCCUGAGGUGAGCCGCUACUGCGUCACCGUCGUGAGGGCAUCGCGGGGUGAACCGUGCUGCAGCGUCUGUGACACUCUAGUGCGGGAGAAGCCCACCUUGCGACUAGCUGCCUUGACACAUGAGGCGGAAGCGCGCGACGACAGCCAGCCCAUUCCUUCCUGGGAGGAGAUGAGGAGAAUGGAGGCGGCCGCCUCCGCGGCAAACGACUCCCUCUGUGAUGAACUCGUGCGUUGCCUUUCGUAUCGGCUGGAGCAGAAGGUACGUGAGCAGUUGGGCCGUGACCCCUAUGCGCCGUGCCAUGCCUCGACUGCAGUAAGGGCGGCGGCCGCCACGAAUCGGGGCACUCGUGCAUCCUUUUCCACGCCUCCCCCCGCGUCAGACAGCUUGCUGGAGUUGCUCAUAGAGGUUGAGGGGGAUUAUCCACUCCCCGCGUGCCGUGCGGCGUUGCUUGGGGAGCCCGAAGGCGAGGCGGCGCUCCGGCAGCUGCUGAGCGAUGCAUCCACGGCGGCGGGCAAAGCGACGCGCACGCCUCACCCUGAUGCGGCUACGAAGAUGUCUCGGGAGGUAAAGGGGCUACUGGACACCGUUCCUUGCAUUCCGCGCCUACGCGAGGCCGACGGGGUGCUGGAGUGUGCUGCGUGUCUGCAGCAGUUUCACCAGGGAUGCGUCUGCCCCGUGCAGCGAGAACCCGCUGAGGGAAUUUUUUUGUGCCACGCAUGCCGGCUCGCACGUGGCCUACGGUUGCUGCCGCCGCUCCGCUGCGGCACCGUCACGAAUGGCGGCGCAACUACGGCGAGAGACGGAUAG